AUGAAUACCAAAAUCCCAAUAUCAACCAUAAAAUCAGACCCAGAUCCAACCCCAAAAUCCAACCCUCCACACUCAACCCCACCCAAAUCCACAACACCCACGCCAUCCAACCUCCAAACCCAAAAAUACCUCCGCCGCAUAUCCCUCCAUCCAACACUAACUCCCUAUCGCCGCCGUGUCUACCGCGUCCUCCUCUCCGUCCCGCCUGGUCGCUGGACCACAUACUCCGCCAUGGCCACAUACCUAAACUCCAGCGCGAGAGCUGUGGGGAACGCGAUGCGCACGAACCCUUUUGCGCCAGAGGUUCCGUGUCAUCGUGUUCUUGCAGCUGGGGGGUUAUUGGGCGGGUAUAAGGGGGAGGGUAUGGCGGCUAAGGACGUUAGUGAAGGGUCUUUUCGGGAUGAGAAGAGGUUGAGAUUGAAGGAUGAGGGUGUUUUGUUUGAUGGGGGGAAGGCGAGGGGCGUUUGUUUUACUGAUUUUAAGGAUUUGGGGGGGAAGAAAUAA